ACCCUCCUCCUCCACCGCAUUCCCACCAGAAUCUGCUGCCACAGAACCCAAUCCCAAUCCCAAUCCCAAAUCAUCCCCACCAAAAAGCAGCUAAUUCCAGGCCCAGCAAGGCUUCCCUUGAUUGGAAACUUGCAUAACCUAAUCGGCGCGCUGCCGCACCCAGCACUCCGAAACCUCGCCUCCCAGUACGGCCCCCUCAUGCACCUCCAGCUAGGAGAAAUCUCGGCCGUCGUGGUCUCGACUCCGGCGAUGGCCCAAGAAAUCCUGAAGACCCAGGACCUGAACUUCGCGGACCGACUCCGGCUUCUCGCCGCCGAGAUCGCCACGUGGGGGAGCCUGGACAUCGCCUUCUCCCCUCACGGCGAGUACUGGAAGCAAAUGAAGCGGAUUUCACUGACGGAGCUUCUCGGUCCCCGGAAAACGUUGUCGUUUCGCGGGAUUCGAGAAACAGAGGUUUCGGGCUUCAUCCAAUCUCUCAGGAAUUGUGCCGGGAAGCCGGUGAAUAUCACGGAGAAGCUGCUCAAUCUUACCAAUAGGAUCACCACGAAGGCCGCGUUCGGGUACCAGUGUGUGGACGAGGAUGAGUUCGUGGGGCUGGUGAACUCGGCGGUCAAAGCGGCUAGCGGUUUUAACGUCGGCGAUUUGUACCCUUCUCUGGGAUUUCUCCAGGAUCUCACAGGGAUGAAAUCGGAGCUCCUCAGGACCCGAAAUGGGCUGGAUCUGAUCUUCGCUAAGAUCAUUAAGCAGCACCAGGAAAAGAGAGUGGGACUGGUGGCUUUUAAGUGUCCCAUCACUAGCACCAACAUCAAAGCUGUGCUUGUGGAUCUGUUUAUAGCUGGGACGGACACUUCAUCGAUAACCAUGGAAUGGGCGAUGUCUGAAAUGAUGAAAAAUCCAAUAGUGAUGAGAAAGGCUCAACCCGAGGUGCGCGAAGCCAUGAAAGGAAAAUCAAUCGUCACAGAAGCAGACAUUCAAAACUUGCCAUACCUGGACUUGGCAAUCAAAGAAACCUUCAGGUUACACCCACCGAUACCACUGUUGUUUCCGAGAGAAAGCAAAGAGAGGUGUGAGAUUGCCGGAUACGAGAUAGCGAAGAAAAAGAGAUUCGAUGGAAGCGAGAUCGAUUUUAAAGGUAUGCAUUUCGAGUUGCUCCCAUUCAGAGCUGGAAGAAGGAUAUGCCCUGGAAUAGCACUCGGAAUGGCCAAUGUGGAGCUUCCUCUAGCUCAGUUACUCUACUAUUUUGACUGGGAGCUUCCAGGAGGGCUAAUCGCUGAGAAGUUUAACAUGGAAGAGUCGUUUGGAGCCACUAUGAGGAGAAAAAACCCUUUGUACUUGGUUGCCAAGGAGGUUGAUUCAAAUUAG